GGGACUUGGAGCGUGCGAGAAAGAGGCGCGCGCUUCAAAGAAAUAUGGCGACUCUCUCGCGCCGCAGUCUUCGCUUCUUGGAGACCCAGUCACGUCGUGACUCUUGUGAUACACCUUUUUCUCUUACCUCCUCCAUGGAGUGGGACACUCAGGUGGUGGAAGGGUUCUCCCCUCUCGGGUCCUCCGAGUCUAAGGUGAAGGCGUCACCUGUCGACCUGCGGCUGCCUGCGUGGUUGGAGCCGGAGAGAUGUGCCGUGUUUCAUUGCGCGCGGUGCUACGCGGUGCUCGGCGACACCCUGCACCUCGCCUGGGACCUGUCGCGGUCCCUCGGCGCCCUGGCCUUCUCCAAAGUCACAAACAACGUCGUUUUGUUAGAGCCCUUUUUGGUUGGCAUAGAAGGUUUUCUCAAGUCCAGCACAUACAACCUUUUAUUCUGUAAUUCCUGUGGGACUCCUGUUGGUUUCCAUUUAUAUUCUACCCAUGCUGCUAUGGCUGCCUUGAGAGGCCAUUUCUGCCUUUCUAGUGAUAAAAUGCUGUGCUAUCUGUUAAAAACAAAUGCCAUAGUAAAUACAUCUGAAAUGGAUUUUCAUAAUGUACCUUUACCAGAAAAGAUUGCAGAGCUGAAAGAGAAGAUAAUGCUAAUGCAUACUCGUCUAAACUCACUGACGGGGCUUCUGAAGGGAAAGUCUCCUCAUCAGUUUAAGCAAGAAAACCAACAAGCAAGGAAACAACACAUCUUGGGGUUAACAGCAUCACCAAAGAUCCUGUAACAUGUGACUCUAUUACUUUAAAUUUAUUUUAGUACAUUUACUCCAUAAUGCCUAUUUCUGAAAAUGUAUUUCACUACUAAUAAUUAAUUAGCAUGCAGUGUCCCUUGUGUCCACUGUUGAAAAAAUGAAGUUGGCCAGGAUAAAGCGAUGGAGGUAAUAGUGAUUGUACUCUGACAUGCCAGUUUUAUGAAAACUGAUAAAUACUUGUUCCUUUGUUUUGAGAUAGGGUCUUUCUAUAUAGCUUUGGCCGUCCUGGAACUUUCUAUAUAGACCAGGGUAGCCUUAAACUUACAGAGAUCCACAUGCCUCUGCUUCUCUGCUAGAAUUAAAGAAUGUCACAGAGAAAUCAUCUUUGCUUAUGUAAAAUAGAUGUGUACAUUGGAUGCUGGUGGUGCAUGCCUUUAAUCCCAACACUCUGGAGGCAGAAGUGGGCAGAUAGAUCAGUUCAUGACCAGCCUGAUCUACAGAGUGAGUUCUAGGACAGACAAGUCUACACAGAGAAACCCUGUCUGAACAAAACAGCAGCAACAGCAAAUGUAUGUAUGUAUAUAUAUAUAUAUGUACAUAUAUAUAUAUAUGUAUGUAAUAAGUAACAGUUAAUAAAUAGAAUACAUUGUACAAUAAAGAAUUCAGGGGCCAGCGAGAUGGCUCAGUGGUUGGGAGCACCAACUGCUCUUCCGAAGGUCCCGAGUUUGGGUCCCAGCAACCACAUGGUGGCUCACAACCAUCCCUAAGGAAAUCUGAUGCCCUCUUCUAGAGUAUCUGGAAACAGCUACAGUGUACUUAC